AUGCGUGUCUACUUUCCCAAGGGUCUGAAUCAGAGAUUCUCACUAAGUCACAGUAUUGUUAUGGGGCCUACAGAACUCCCUUCUCAAUUAGCUGACUUGGGUAGUGAUUACAGGACACAAUUCAAACUAAGAAAUGGUGGCCUCCUUGGAGCUAGUUAUAUCCAGGAAUUUGAGAAGAAAGCUGACAAGAAGCUCAAUGGUUGGGGCUUCUUUGGGUCCAAGUUUGAAGAUGCUGGUGAUUUAUACGAAAAAGCUGCCAAUUCUUACAAGCUUGCCAAAUCAUGGGACCAAGCUGGAUCUGUGUAUGUCAAGCUGGCUGACUGUCAUCUGAAAAUGGAUAGCAAACAUGAAGUUGCUAGUGCUUAUGCUGAUGCAGCUCACUCAUACAAGAAAACAAGCACCAAGGGUGAAGAAGUAACAACUUCUGCAAACCAAUGCAAGCAGAAAAUCGCACAAUUUUCAGCUCAAUUGGAACAAUAUCAGAAAGCUAUAGAGAUAUAUGAAGAGAUAGCAAAACAGUCUCUGAAUAAUAACUUGCUAAAAUAUGGAGUGAGAGGGCAUUUAUUAAAUGUUGGGAUUUGCCAACUCUGUAAAGGUGAUGGAAACACUGGAGGUGAAGAUCGUGAUGCCUCCAUUGAUGCUUUUAAUAAGCCAGGAGUGAUGCAAUGUCCAAACUGUAGGAAAAUUGAGAAAGGUCGGUGGCUUUAUGCAUAUGGUUGUCGACCAUAUCCUGAAUUCAGUAUGGAUGACUGGACACAUGAUGAAGAUCUGUAUGAUUUCAGCUAUUCUGAAUCAUCAAUGUGGUGCUCCUUUGGUGGAUUUACUCGGCUUACUGCCUCUUUUGAUGAAAAUCUGACCCUUAAGUCUGAGAUUAACCGACUCACUGACAACUCAGAGAAACUCAAGCUUCAAAACGCCAAACUAACUGAAAAACUGAGGAACGUGCAAGAAGAAAAUGACACAGAAGAUAAGAAAAGAUUUGGUGAUCGGGUUGCAUUGGUGGGUCCACAUCAUGACCCACCUACAAAUAUGACAUACAACCAGGUAGAGGAGGAUAUUUUGAAUUUCUCUGAAGGUUUAAGAGUUAUUGGAAUCAAACCAUGUGAAAAAGUUGCACUCUUUGCUGACAAUUCAUGCAGAUGUCUUGUUGCUGAUCAAGGAUCCAAAGGAGAAAGCCAAGUCAGAGACUAG